CUCGGGGGAAGAAAAAAAUGGAAAAUGUCAGUCGCUCGAUAGCGCUGUGAUGUCGAGAGUAUGCAGCUGGUUGUUGAGGUCAUCAUCCGGGUCCUUUUUCGUCGUUUCGACAUUUCUAAUUUUGCAAUCAGUUCGCAAAGAAACUUUAUUUUAUGUUUUCUCCGUCUUGCAUUUAUAUAAUGAUCUUUAAACUUUAAUCGUGUACAGUGUAUAUAUUACCUCGAAACAAAAAGUCCUGUAAAUAUACUUCGGUAACUCCUUUAUAAACGUUAGGCUUAACAGUGAUGGCCAUGAUACCACAAUCUACGGAAUCAAAUUUGACAAACAGACGAUACAGCUAUAAAGAAGAAGAUGGAAGUCAAAGUGAACAUACGGAAGAAAUGGAAAGCAGACCAUCCUCAAGAAGUUCAGGAAGAAGUCGAAGUACACCUCCUCUUCCAAUGUAUCAGUACACUAAGGAAGAAUUACUCAAACUAGCAAAACAUCCACAUUCUAAAAAAAGACCAAAUUGUUUAGACCCUGUAUAUAAUAACACAACUGGGAAAUGGGAUCCUGAAUGCUGGUUUGUUAGCAAAAGAAGUAAGGAAACUCUUCAACCAGAAGAAUCAAGAUAUAAAAAAGAAAGAUUGGAAAUUGAUGUUGGAGUCAAUCAUAAACGUCGAAUUCCAGAUCCAAAAGAACGUGUCAAGGAAGAGCGAGAUGACAUAGUGCUCAGUCCACAGCGAAGAAGUUUUGGAACUGGUUGCCAUGUCAUACAGCAUUCGUCCUUGAGUCGCUGUUCUAGUAGCCCUACUGAUGCCAGAGAUACCGAAAGCACUACACAUCGGGAGACAAGUCGAAAAAUUGGAAGUGGGCGCAUUAUCAAUCGUGAGAGAGAUCCACGUGAAUGGGAACGUGAGCAUAGAGAAUAUGGAUAUAACAACAGGGGAAGUGAUAGGAGGGAACGAUUUGAACAAGAUGAUGGCGAUAAGGAAGGAAGAAGGUAUUCAAGUCGUUAUGGACGAAUAAAUGAUCGUGGAGAUAGAAGGACAACUCGUCGGAAUGAUAGAAUUGAAGAAGAAGCGGAACCAGAGUGGUUUAGUAGUGGACCAACUAGCCAGUCAGAAACAAUUGAAUUGGUUGGAUUUGAUGAUGUUGCACAUGAUCACGAAACAAAAAAAUCAGGCAAGAAAUCAUCUAAUAAGAAAAAAGAAGUUUUUCGAAAACAGAAUUAUUCUGAAGAAGGAGAAAGAACAAAUGGUGUUACGAACUUUUCUUCACAAAAAACUGAGUCAAUUGCACCAGAGGAAAAAGAAAAAGAUACUGAAAAACCAGUGUCUCCAGAGUCUUCCCAAAAUAUUGAAGAAACAUCUGUACAAAAAUCAAAUGAUGAAUUUGAUUUGAAUGAGAUUUUCAAGUUAGAUUGGUUUCCUGAUCUCCUUCCAAAUGGCACACCUCCUGAUAGAUCUGGACAAGAGAUUGGAAGCAGUCGUUUCAGUCAGUGGUUUAAAAGAGAUAGUCCAGUUCAAUUACAAGGAUCUAAUAAUGAUAGUCGCAGAUCUUCCUUGCAAGAUGAACUUGUAGCUCAUGUAUUAAAUGGUAUUGGGGAAUUACAGUUAAUGGUGCAGUCUCCACCUCCAUCAUCUAAUAAUGAAAAUUACUUCAGCCCAAUUAGUCCAAUAGCACAAACUUCCCCCUUACCUUUAUCAUCAAAUAUUUCGCAACAAGGAAAAAGUGACGGUGAAAAAAAUAUCCUCGAAAUUCUUCAAAAUGCCAAUAUAAAUAUAGAUCCACUUUUAAAUGGGGAUGAUUACAAAAAAGAACCAGUUACAUUGGAAGGUAAAGUGAAAAGUGUGGAAGAAUUAGAAGCUGAUUUGAAACAACUUGUUUUGGGUAAUAACAAAUCUGAAGAAGAUAAAACAGCAUUUAACAAAUUGUUUAGGCAUAUAUCUGAAAAUCCUCCCUCACCUCCUUCAACAAUAACAAUGGGGCCAUUGGACAAAUCAAAAGUGUUACAGGAAGAAGACCUUUUACAAAAUUUUCUUGGUAGAGUUUCCCCUACAUCUUCAUUACAUUUGCAACAGACUGAAUCUGAUCUGACAAUGCCCAUGCGAUGUCCACCAUCUCUACCUAUGUCUCUUCAUAACUCCAAUUUAUUAAAUUUUUUACAAGACAAUGAUAAAUCAUCACAGUUACCCACUAAAGAUUCUUUUGCAGGAUACGGCAGACAACAACAAGAUCUUCCAUCUUUAUUUAAUUUGCGUCAACAGCAACAGCAACAACAUGCAGCCCAUAAUCAGAAUUUUAGAAUUGAUGUACUAGCCAAACUAUUAGGAAAUCAAAACUCUGCUACUCAAAGACCCAAUGUAAUAAGUCCAAAUUCACUAUCUGUUAAUAACCAAUGUCAUAAUACAAAUACUAACUUCAAUAAUAGAAAUGAUCAACAGACAAUGAAUGCUUUGAUGCAUCAACAACAGAGAGAGAUAUUGGCAUUUUUAAUGAAGCAACAACAGCAGCAGCAACAGCAACAGCAGCAGCAACAACAUCAGUCUAAUUCAUUAAUGUCCCAAGUACCUAUAAUUCAACAAAGGCCUGCAUCAUCUCAAGAAGUAACUAUGACUCAAACUUUGGGAAUUCCUUCUUCGAAUAAUGUCUUGAGUCCAUGUCAGUCACCACUUCCCCAAGAUAAUGUUGGACCCAGUGUUGGAGGCCAAGGUCGCAUUCCUUCUCCAUUAGUAUUUGGACAGCAACCUCCAGCUUUAAGUCAUGCACCAGCUCCUAUCCAUCCUGCUCAGUUAGCACAAGCGUUGGCAAGAAAUGCAAAUUCAAACUCAAACAAUCUUCAAGUUCAGAAUCCAUUAGGUGUUUUGCCUCGUGUUCCCUCUCCACAGGAAUUAGCAGUUCAUACUCAAUCCAUUCUUCAACAGGCUUUAAUAAAAAGGAAAUUAGAGGAACAGAAGGAAAAAUUUCGUAAACAAGAAGCACAAAGAGAUCGCUCUCCUAACAUUAAUUCUUCAGUCAAAACAUCAAAUUCAAUGUCUCCUGCCAAGGGAUUGAGUCCAACUAUGGCUGCUUUUACUCCAACAUCAGUUAUGCGAAAAAUGCAUUCUGAAAGGCAAGAAAAGGAUAAAUCUGACACUUCAUCAAUUUGUGACAAAAUGCCAGAUUCUCCCGAUAGCAAAACUUCAAUUGAAUCAAACAAUGAUAGUCUUCAAAUAAAUGGAAAUGGAAACAAUCUUCCACUAGUAUCAACAGAAGGAAAUGGUAUAUCAAUUGCUUCUAACCAUUAUACCAUUACAGAAUUAUCUCGUGGAAUUUCCAGCACAAUUCCUACAGCUGGUAAUACAAAUAUAGGUCCUAGAGCAUUCCAUAGUGGACAAUCUUCCUUGAACCAAAACCGAUCACAGGGACAGAUUGGAAUUCCAAGUCAAGGUCGUCCAAUAGUAAAAGGUGGUAACCAAAAUAUGAAUUCUAGUGAUCAUUUCAACAGAACACUCUCAGGGAAUAAGGGAUUAGUUCAUAAUAAGCAGUUUUUGGGAGGUACUCCACAAGCUAAUCACUUAUUGCGCCCUGACAUUAAUAUGGGAUUAGCUAAAUUAAUGGAACAUCGUCUUAUGCAGCAACAACAACAAGCUCUAGCUGCACAGCGUCAGAUGAAUACAUCACCAAUGCCACCAAUGACUAUACCUCCGGCUGCAGCAUUUGGCUUAGGUCCUCCCCGUACACCAGGUAUAACACCUCAUGCUGCUAAUCUAGUGCAACCUGGAGGAAUAAAUUUAACACCAACUGUUGGAGCUACUAGUCUGAAUCUACCUUUGCUCCGUACAAUGAUGCAAACCAAUCCAGCUCUGAGAGCUCAAGCUAAUUCGCUCACUCAGUUAACACAAUUGGGACAAUUAGCCGCACUGCAACAACAGCUGCAACGUGAUCCUCGUCAGUUACAGGCUUUAGCUCAAGCUCGUGGUUUGCAUCCUGUAACUCUUCAGCAACUUUUACUUAAUGCCCAAUCACAAGGUAAUUCAUCCAAUUCUCAGGCAACCAAUUUUCGGUCACAGGGAAUUGCCGGUAACACAAUUAAUAUUAUGGGUGGACGUAAUGUGGAAAACAGCUUAUUAGGAACUGCUAACAUGAGAUCACAACUAGCUCCCGGUCAACCAUCUCUGAAUCGACAGUCUCCGGUCAACCUGUCAAAAUGGUUUGGAAAUGAUGUUUUGAAACAGAAGAUGCCCGACAUGCCUCCGGUUCCACAUCAGAAUGCGCUUUUGGUUGAAGAGGUUGAACGUCAACAUCAGACAACAGUUGUACACAAUUAAAUCUUGAUUCAAAUGAACUGUUGGUUAAUAUAGUAUCCCCAUCAACUAUUAAUAGCACAUACAGUGAAGAAAAAACCAUGGCCUCUCACAAUCUUAAUCUUCUGUUUUGUCCCGUUCAGUACGUUUGUGAUAAGUAUCGAUGUCCAUAAUGUGAGUAUAGUUGGCGAUAUUUAGCCCUUUGUCUGCUUUUUGUGUGGAAGCCUUACCAUUUAAGGUCGCUCGACCUUCUACAGUGUAAACUGUGAUACGUGUUGUUCUUCCCUAUUUUCCUAAGACUGUGGAGUACCUAUUUCACAGAUUUAUCAGUGGAAACAACUAUAAUAUUUGGGCAGAAUUUGUGUCCAAUUACAUAAAAAUAUCUAGUGUAUUUUAUAUGUUUUUCUCCCCUCGCUUGUUUGUGAUUUCAAGUUUGAAGUCACUUAUAAAAAUGAAUAUAGGGUGAUGAUUUUACCCUCGUUGAAUUUAUCAGUGUAAAGAUUUGUGUUCACGGUUUGUCAGUCUCUAUAACAUUGAAAAAGAAUUGAGAGAACUUCUCGACUGUCUGUCCAUUGUCUCCGAACUAAAUGUUCCUAAAGUAGUGUGCCUAAAUUUUUGUCAAUGUAUCUGUCUACCAUGUGAAUUUUUUGUGUAUUUUUGUUGUUAUGUAUAUUUUUUUUAAGUUUAAGUAAGGGUUGAAUGUGUUUUUGUUUUGUUUUUUUUUUUUGUUUGUUUUACUUUGGUAAAUUUCUAAUUGUAUAAAGAUUAUUCAUCUAUCAUAGCAGACAGACUUUCUGUAGACAAGCUAAUAAUUGUAAAUGCAAAUGUUUAAAUGUUAAAAAAUAAAAGUGCAUUAAAAAUUAAAAAUAGUAGAAAACUUUGACAUUUUUUCUUUUUUUUUUUAUUUCUAUUAAAAAAUAAUAAUAAGUAAAUAAUGAGUGGCAACUAUUAGCUUGUCUGUAGAAAAUCAUAUAUAUCAAUGGAUCUGUGCCGAAAAAAUCACAUAGUUUAUUUGUCAUUAGGCAUAAGUGGUAGUUUACCCGUAUUGUGUCACUUAGCCUUCUGUAGCACUUUGGUCUGCUAGAUAGGUAUUAUAGCAUUGAAACAGCACAUAACAAGAAUAUUUGUUGUGUGAUAUCUAUUAUAGCUGUUUCUGUGAAGGCAGCAUAUUAAUUGUCAUGGAACAUAUGGUACUAUUAUAUUCAUAUUUCUGCAUUUGUGUGAGUUUGGUAAUUACAGUUGUUGACAGUGUAGUGUUUAGAAAAACAGUUAUAUUUCACUCAAAUGAUGCGUGCAUUUGUAGCUAUAUUGAACAUAGAAGAAUUAGAUCAGAUCCUAUCUCCAGGAUUCAUAUUAAACUGUGCAAAAAAUAUAUUAUAAAUAUAAAUUCAUAUAUAAAUAUAUAUAUACAUUAUAUAUAUAUCUAUAUAUAUAUGUAUAUUGCCACAUAACAGUCCAAACUACAAGUGUUCUUUCUGCCUGUUUCACCGCACAAAGCAUUAAGAUUUGAAAUGUUACUUCUUGUGUACUUUAAUUAGGACAGUGGCACUAAAUGUAAAAUAGCUAAUUAGAUAUAUUAUAUUAAUAUUUGGCAUUGGUUAUAAUUACUUUCCUAUAUUUUUCAUCUCUCAUUGAUUGCAAGAAGAGUGUGGAAGUAGAAAAAUGUGUUUUAGCAUGUCUGGUGCAGCAGCAUUUAAAUUCCAGAAGUUUGUCUUUCCCGAUUAGAUGGCAGAACAAACAUCACCAAUGUACAUAUUUGUCAAAACUGUAUACAAUCAAUGUUUCGCUGGAGAAGUUGUGCCAAGUGCUUGUGUUUUUCUUGCAAUAUAUCUCUUAAACAUUUAUCUUUGAAAAAUAUAUAUAUAUAAAAAAACAAAAAAACCAAAUAAUAAUAAUAAUUAAUAAUUGUCUGAUUUAAUCUCUGAAUUUCACUGUCGGUGAAAUAAGUUGAAAAAAAUAUAUAUUAAAAAAAAGGUGUACAGUAAUACUUCUGCGUACAGGCAGAAGAAAUGUUUACAAAGUAGUCAGUUCACAGAUAGUGUUUAUAGAUAUUUUCAUUUGUUCUUCCUUCAGUGAUUAUGCCGUUUUUUGCAUGUAGCAUUUGUCAUGCAGAAAUAAUCGUUCUGCACAAGAGACCUGGCAUACUUUGAAAAUAAGAAGAUUUCUUUUCUUUGUUUCAUCACGAAAGAUAAAUUGGACCAAAGUAACGAAAACUUCUAAGAAAAAAAAUUUGUCUAUUGUGAUAUCUAACAGUCAAAUGUCAUGAUUUUAAAGAAACAAAAUAUCUGGGGAUGUUCUUCCUUGCUGAGGAUUAAUAUACAUUCGUAUUGAUGAUUUUAUUUAGAAAUUUAUUGUGAAAUUGUCUCACUUAAUGUGUUUCUUAUAAAAAAAAAUUUUUUUGUCAUUUUUCCAAAUAUUAACCCUAUAAAUUACUGUUUUUAAAAUUGAAAUUUACUUUGUUACGUGCCUGAUCUUUAUCUAACAGAAAUAACUUUUUUUUUCGGAAGUUGUAAAUUAUCCAGCACAAAGGAAUUUUUUCUUUGCUUAAUUUGAUUACUCAAUUAAGCAGUAUUAUAUGUGAUUUCAUGCAAUAAUCUUUGUUCAUAAAAUAUAUAUAUAAGUGAUGCUUAUAAUAAGCUUUUUCAAAUUUGUGAGCUUUAAAAAAAGAAAACAAAAACUUUUUGGUGCAGUUUCACAAUUUGUGUGUGGUGCGUAAUUAUUUUUCUCUUCUUUUUUUUCUCCUCGGAAUUCACUUCCUUACCACUCAAUAAAGAGCAUGCAUCUCAGCAUCAAAUUUAUUUGUGCUUUUAUUAUAACGUAAAUGUCAGAUAACUUUGAAUUAAAUGGAUAUUGAAAUAUUGUGCCGAGCCACAAGACGGAUUGAUCUUGUAAGGGGGGAAACUGAAAAAAAAAAUAUAUAUACAACUUUUAGAAUUGUCUCGUUCAUGAAAAAUAUUUCAAUAUUAUAUGUUAUCGUUUAACCUGGUUGCAAUUGAAUAAAUUAUCACUUUAAAUAUUUAAAAA